UUUUAUAUUUCGAAAGUAUUGUUGUCCUAGUAAGAGAAUAGACCUCGGAAAUUGCCCUCACUACCGAACAUUUAUGAACUGCACACACGUACAGAAAUGGGAAAACAUUUAGCACAUAAAACAUCAACACUCGGAGUAAAAACCGACGACACCCAAAGUCCAAUCUCUUGGCGGGAUGACAAUAUAGUCGUAAGGCUUAUCAAAAACUUUACAUUGAAUUGUGACGCUGACUCGCAACUUCCCACUGUUUUCUGGACUUUUCAAUAUUAAAUUGCAACGGAUAUAAUUUGAAUCACUGGAGAUACCCGAACAAUUUCAAAUUUUCCAUCUGAGGUUUCCACUAUAUUAAAUUGGGGACAUUAUUAAGACAACAAAAAGCUAUGUUUACCAUGGUCCUACCCUCGCAGUUUUGAAUCACCUUGGAAACACGAUGGAAUCACGGCGGUUACACGGUGGGUUUUUUUGUGUAUACACGGUGUUUCCACGAUGGUUACACGGUGUACUCACCGUGGAAUCAUGGUGAUAACAUGAUAAAAAACCCACCGUGUUUCCAGGGUGAUUCAAAACCGCGAGGGUAGGAAUAGGAUAGCUAAUCUAGUCAACGAACACAACCAAGGUUCUAACUUCUUCGAGGAUUCAAUGUCUGCAUUUAUAACAAAGAUCAAAACUCUAAUACUAAACAACUAAUACAUGUACAAUGUCACCAAUCUUAAAAUUAAAUUAGUCUCGUGUUCAUUAUUUAUGUUUACACUAAUAUUAUAUAUCACUUAUAAUAUAUCAUUGUUCUUUUUAAUGUAUACUGCCAAUUGGCGUUCUUUUGCAAUAAAUAAAUAAAUUGAUAUUGAAAAAACGAUAGGGAAAGAAUGACAUUUCCGGCCAUUAAACGAAACACCACGCUCGUUAAUAGUUCAAGAUUACAAUGUAUUUAAUAAAGCUAUUUUGAUAAAUCCAAUAAAAGCAUAAUUAUAUUAGGAAAAAUGAAUUGCCUACGGUAUGUUUGUAACGUGUGUUGAAAAAUGCAAUCUAUUGCUUCAGGGUAACAAUAAAAAAUAUUGACACGUAGUCUUUGAGUAUUUAAUACUGUGGAUUUUGUUUUAUUUUUAAUCAUUAAUUGGAACGCGUUCUAUAGCAAUUACUUAAAGCACUAUUACGAAGAUAAUCUUAGAAAUAAAUCCAGCGAUAUCAUGAAAUACUACGUUGGCUUAUUUAGUAUGUCGAUUUGGAUUAUUGUUGUGAUUCUAAUCAUUAAUAUACCAUUAAUAAUAUCCUUAGUUGCAAUAUCUAAAGGUGAUCCUGAUAAUUGGCAAGGUGCAAAUGCAUAUUUCAAUAGUAUAUACAUAGUCAUGAUCGACGAGACAAAUUUAAACAAUGAUGGAUAUUGUGCUGGUGAUUGUUCAGCACUCGACACUAACUCUACGAAACAUCAUGAUGCUAAUUUGAGUCAUCCAAAUAAUUGUUUUGGCUCAAUUCGUAAAUGCUGGCUAGAAAAAGGAUCAAAUGAACGAGCUCAGGCAUAUAUUGAUUAUAAAAAGAUGGAAGCACGUCAUAUUAUGGUACAUCCUUUGGGUGGAACUUAUUUGAUUGACCGUGCUGCUUUACAGCCAUAUAAAUAUAAAUAUGAGCAUACAGGGGGUACUUGUGGAUGUCUAUGUGAACGUACUUACAAUCCAGAUUUUUAUACUCCACGUGGUGAACUACUCGAUUCAUUUUGUUUUGAUGCUUCACAUGUAGAUUUUGGUUUUGUUGCUACUGGUGUGAGAUUUAAAAGAUACAAUAACAUAAUACAUCUCGAACACCAACAAGGAAAAUUAAAACAUGGAAAAAUUGAUGCAAAAACAGUUACCUGGAAAAUUUCAAAUCAUUGUACUUUUUCACGAAAAGUAAUUGAUGAUUUCGAUGGUUUCCGUUACCGAGCGUUAGAAAUUGUAUUAGAAGAUAUGAUUUUAGAUAGUGAUGCUGUUGUGACAGGUGUAACAUUUACUAAAUCAUUAGUUGGUCAUCAUAUAGAAAAUGAUGGUGAUAUCAGUACCAGCAGAUAUAAAGAAAUAAAAUUCAGUCAAUGUCAAAAAAACAGAACGAUCGAUUUGGUGCAUAGUGCACGGUUUUUACUGCCGUCUACAUCUUUAUUGGGACAAAAUAAACAACUGAGUGAAUCCUGCAAACAUCAUAUAUUGUUCGGGGGAACUUCUUGGAAUAUUGCUCAGAUACAACAUGUCGUACCAUUUGUGGACCUACAGGAAAUCGUUACGAACCCACCGUCACCUAUUAAGGGUAUUGGCUGGUAUUAUCGUGGUCAACCUGGAUAUGGUGGAUUCCUAGCUCUGAAAAUUUUCACAAAUUUAUAAUAAGGCAGUUGUCAAAUAAACUUUCAUUGUAAUUCUAUAUAUUUUAUUUACUAAUGUCAUAUCAGUUGUAAAAUAUUUCUCAAAAUAAAACAAAUGAACUCUAUGUCCACUAUUU